AUGGGUCAUCUCAAUAAAAUUACCGUUUUUUUUAGCAAUACGCCGCCACCGAUGUUUCCGGUGCUUACUUUGUUUCCAGAUGAAUUUCAUCUACAAACUCUUGAUCCAUUUCUUAAAUCAUGUGCGCAACUUGAAGCCGGUGUCAAUGCGAAAAACAUUAUUAUUUCGCUUAUAGAUCGACUAGCUGCAUAUAAUCAGCGUAGUGGAAUGACAAGUGGAACUGACAUCGAAUCUUUAAUACCAGGCGAAGUAGAACUAUUUGAAGUAUUCAGCGUGCAAGUUGCUAAUAUUGUUCAGGCGCGCACCGAUAUGCCUUUGGAAGAUACUAUUUCACUGCAAGUAUCAUUAUUAAGUCUUGCGCAAAAAGUGUAUCCGGAUCGUGUAGACUAUGUUGACAAAGUACUUGGCACAACAAAUCAAAUACUUGAACAACUCGAAAUGAAUAAUAUUUCACAUUUCCUUUCCGUAAAUCAAGAACUUUCUCGAUUAAUUCGAAUCUGUAUUGAUUUUUACAAUAACAUUCUAACUAUUAUAAAAUUGAAUAACUUUUGUCCAUUGCUCGAGAAAUUUGACUACAUAUCCCGCAAAUCUUUGGCACUUUAUCUUGUUAUGAAUAUACUCGAAUUUGAAACUUUUAUACCAACAGCAGAACAAGCAGAUCAUGUAUUAAAAAUAAUUGCACCACUUAUUAAAGAUGAAGAGAAUAAAGAAACAUCUAAUGCCAAGACUACUACGAAUGAACGUUUAGAUCCUGAAGAGUUCGCAGAAGAGCAAGGUGUAGUGGCACGAUUUAUACAUCUUAUGAAAUCAGAUGAGCCUGACACACAGUAUAAAAUAUUACAAGCCGCAAGAAAACACUUAGGUAGCGGUGGACCACAAAGAAUUAAACACGUUUUACCGCCACUUAUAUUUGCUGCUUAUCAAUUAGCAUUUAAAUAUAAAGCAAUCGCAGAACAGGAUGAAAAUUGGGAUAAGAAGUGUCAGAAAAUAUUACAGUACUGUCACAGUACAAUCGCUGUAAUAGCGAAAGCAGAUUUACCUGAAUUAGCGCUGCGUCUUUAUUUACAAGGCGCAUUGGUUAUUGGAGAAAUUGCCUACACAAAUCAUGAAACAGUUGCGUACGAUUUUAUGACGCAAGCAUUUUCUCUUUAUGAAGAUGAAAUUUCAGAUUCUAAAGCACAAUUAGCUGCAAUUACAUUAAUUAUGUCAACAUUUGAGCAAAUGUCUUGUUUUGGUGAAGAAAAUGCUGAACCUUUACGUACUAAUUGUGCGUUAGCAGCUGCGAAAUUACUCAAGAAACCAGAUCAAUGUAGAGGUGUCGUUGCGUGUGCAGCACUUUUCUGGAGUGGAAAACAAAAUGGCGAAGAAAUGCGCGAUGAGAAACGUACGCUAGACUGUCUGAAAAAAGGUGCACGUAUUGCGUCUCAAUGUCUAGACACAGGUGUACAAGUCCAAUUGUAUGUUGAACUUCUAAAUCAUUAUCUCUUCUAUUUUGAACGUGGAAACAGUCUGAUCACAGUGGCAAUGCUUAAUCAGCUCAUCGCUAAAGUUAACGAAGAACUGCCUAAUUUAGAACCUAGCGAAGAAACAAAACAAAUCGAAAUGCAUUAUAAAAACACAUUGGCGCAUAUAAGAAGUCGCAUAGAAUCAAAUGAUGCCGGUUUAGAAGUUUCCUUCGCAGGCAUUUCGAUUAAUUAGUAUACUUACUGAAUAAUUUUGUUUUUUUACUUAAAGAAAUUAUUUGCUACUAAUUCAAGGAGCUUAAUUUGAAAUUUAUAUGUAAUUCCGCAAAUUUGCUACACAGUGGUUGCAUGAGUGUUUGAGAUAUUAAACAGCAAUAUUUGUUUCGAAUGUAUCUUUUUGUUGUGUUUGCGUUAAUACGUAUAAUGAUUUGUAAUUUGUUUAUUAAAGAUU